UACGAGGCUGAUUUUCGAAAAUGUUCUUGACCAUUCUCGUCCAAAUCAGAUUUGAACCAGGAAGUCGAGAGAUGGUAUAUAACAGCAAACAGUUAAUCCUCAUACCAUCAACGUGUUAACCGUCUCUGGAGACAUGGCCAAAUUUCGCUACCUUACCAUUCUUCUUUUGAUUUGUCUACUGACCAUUGAUCAUUCCGAAUCAUGGCGGCGCAGGCGUUUCCGGCGGUUUACCCGGAGAGUUGGCCGCGCAAUUAGAAGAGUCAGAAGAACGAUACAAACGGUGAACACAGCGGUCGGCGUCAUCCGGGCGGUUGGAGCUAUAGCCGGUGCAGGAAAGCGAUCAGCUGACGAUGUUCUUCCAGAAAUAAACGUUUGUGACUUUAGCACCCUGGAUUUAGACAAAGACUAUGAUGUGGAUGAAGAAGAACUGAUAACUCUCAUACAAAUGUCAGGAUUAGAAGAACUAGAAGAUUUGUUUGAAAAACUAGACAAAGAUGGAGAUAAGAAAAUUACACAAGAGGAGUUCGAUUCGUCCGACAUUAUAGAUGAAAUAUGUUCCGAGGAUGAGAAAGAAGACAAACAAAUAGAAAAUGAAGAUGCUGAAGGAACAGUAUAAAAGAACAACUGUGUUACAAAAUAUGAUAUCGGCAGACAGCAAGAGAACGGGCACUUUCUAUCAUUACUGUAAAAAGAACUAUGUAAAAGGGGUUCUUCAGCAAAAUGAAUUUUACUAGAUAUUUCUGGCUUUACAUUCUAUUACAAUUGAAGACGGGUUGUGGUAAAUUCAUGGAAUCAAUAAGGAAAAAACGCAUGUUGUUAUUUAAUUAUGUUUAUUUGUUCUGCUAAAAAGUGAUUAGGAUAUAUUGAGUAAAACUAUAGCUCAAACGGAAUAUUUAUUUUCACUUAUCAAGCACAUGAUAGUUUGAAUAAAAAAUAACACUCUACAAAAUAAAAAUUGAUAUCAACUCUGUACAAUUAUCUUAAGAAAUAAAAAUAUGCUGGUUAUAAAUCAACCACAAAGAUACGAUUGUACACAAUUUGUCUUGAUAUUAACUAACCGUAAGUAAUAUUAUUUAAAUCCUACAUAUGUACUACGAUAUGAUUAAGCUCAGCAAUAAACGUUUUGAUAGUACUUGAUAGCUCGUAGUUUGUGACUAUUAUGUGCCUUUUAGGAGAAUCGAAGCAAUUGUAACAGCGUUUCUGAGCAUGGCAAUACUUUAAAAUAAUAUAUUGGUUAGCAUUUGUAUGAUGUCAUACAGUAGGUAAAUCGAUGUAACGGAACUGAAUUCAAAUAUAAAACCAUGAAAAAGAUAAUUAGGUAGAGGGUCCCAGGAGGUAUUCAUAAUAAGCGUUAGAGGGCACCUAUGACCCCUGCAAGGGUCCAACUAGCUUACCCGAACUUUGUCAUAUUUUAGCAUUUCACCCCUAUAUCGGGAAAUACGGAAAUAUGACAAAGUUAGGGUAAUUAUAUGUGCCCUCUAACGCCUUUUAUGAAUACUUCCUGAGGUCCUCUACCUAAUCCUAGUGUUUCCAAAUUCUUGUGGUCAAACUCAAGUCAGACAUAAACCCCUGAAAUGAGCCAGAACCCCUGGGAGCCACUUGGUGGUACAUGUACCCCUACAGCCCAAAUUUGAGACCGGGAAAUAAUAGCCCCAUAGGUCCCCUACACUGCCCUGGUAUCCGUUUGAUGCACACUUCAAAGAUAAAAGAGAUAAUGACCCGCCUUUCACCCCUUUAUCAUUGUGAAAUGCUAAAAUAUGACAAAGUUUGGGUGAGCUAAACCGACCCUUUUCAUUGUCAUUGUUGUAUUCUUCGAUGGCUUAGACAAAAUAAUUCCAAUUUCACCUGAUGAUUUUCGCUGUUGUUGACUGCGACAUAUGAUAUUUUUUAUGAGAAUUAAAUCACUAUGCUGGGUGGGUUUUUUGUCUCAUAUUCGUAAUAAUACGAUGUCUUUUUCAUUUUCGAUUGAUGUUGUUUCUGGGGGAGUGAAAAGGCCAGAAGAUAAAUUUUUAAACACGCACAUGUUUAUGCCUUUUAAUUUACUUUAUCAUGUCUUUUAUAUCAUAAUACGUUUGCAUAUCACUUUAUACGAUGCAUAUAGUUUUUCUAUUUGUAUCAAUAAGACUACACUUAGGAUAACAUUAUUUUCAUAACUUAUGACCCAUAUAGACGUAUUUCAUUUCUAUCCAACAAGGACGCAUUUAUUACUCUUAUCCAGGCGAACUUUACUGCUUCGGAAGUCGUCAAUGCUCGUACAAAUUAUUGAGCAUUAAUCAUUUUGAUAUUAAGUAAAAUAUAAUUUUUUGUUCGAGUACUCUCAGUACUUUGAUGACUUUUCUUAUUAGCUACUAGCUUCUACGUGUUUAGUGGCUGCUGUUAUUGGCUGCUGGCUUCAGCCUGGUUAAAAUAGAUUAGAUUAUUAAUUAAACGAAUUAUGUUUAUAUUGCAUCAUAAUGUACAAAGUACUUCAUCACAAACAAUUUAAUGAUGAAUAGACAGUAAGCCGUUGAGUCCUUCAAUGCAAGUACAUAAAAUAUGCAUGUACAAAUACAUGUAAAGAAUUGAAAUAUACAGUUUUUAUAUAAUGAUGUAUUAAAACAAAUGAAGUUUU